AUGUCCACUAGCACCACCAGCAAGCAAGAGACUACUCCUCCACCUACCUCAAAGCCUGGUCUGUUGGGAAGGGCAUUCUCGUCAUUGACUGGGAGGUCAAACAAUAACAGUACACAGACAACAGCACAACCAGUAGUUGCAGCAGCAACAACUACAACAACACAAUCCACAGCAGCUGAUGAUACAAAUGACAAACAAUCAACACAACAACAGCAACAACAACAACACUCAGGUGACGAACAAUCACACAAUGUGAAGGCUGCGGAUGAUGGUGCACAACAGACACCUGUCAAGGAGUCACCACAACUUGCCACCACUCCUGUUGCCGCCGCCUCAACAACAUCAACUACGGCAACAACUACAACAGUAGCAGUUGCACCCAGUACAUUCAGGACGUCAUUGUCAUCAUUCUUGUCGAGUUACUAUGGCGGUGGUAACAAUAGUACGGACAGUAGUGACACUACCAAGCAACCUAAUGUCGGUCUACUCUCUGGAUUAUGGAGUUCAUUGUCUAGCUUCACCAACAAUCUGCCAGCUACACCAACUCUCAACUCAUUCUCUCCAAUGCCCCUGCUAUCUUAUGUGUCCAACAACAUUCCAUUCCCAAUCUCAUACGGCACAGGUGCCAAGACCAGCGUGGUCAGCCAGCCUAGCCAACUGGUCGACUCACACGCCAUUGAGAACAUUGAGCAGUGCUUCAUUGAGAUACAGCACCGCAUCACCCAGCCUGAGCACAAUCACCUGCUCACCACAAUCGACAGCUUCAUCGAGUCCAUCGUACAAUCACCACCGCAGCAGCAACAGCAUUCACCGCGCGCCACGAAUGAUGACCCAAACUCAAUCACAGCCGAGUCGCUGGCAGAGACUGGCGACAUCUCGUCGUCGACCAAGUCGUUCAUUGCGACGGCUCUGCCCAUGUUGCUGCACGCCUGUGCCGCCAUCUCAUUCAAAUCUUCGUCGACGACGAUCGCGGCAAGCAGUCCGCGUCUGCCAUCGUUUGCGCACCUGACCGAGCAUCAGGCCGAGAUCGUCGUGUACGAGUAUCUGGAGCAGUACAUCACGCAGCGUCUCUAUCGACGCAUCUUCUCAAUACCAUCAAACAUCGACAUGGACACGGCACUGUGCGAGCAUAUACUACAGUUCCAAUUCAUCACGCCCGCCAACCUGGACAUUGACGAUGCAUUGAUCUCCAACGAGAGACUGGAACAGAUACAGGAGCAACUUCUACGCAUGACCAGCUUCAAAACACCGAGGGAGAAGCUGAUCGCACUCAAAAAGGGAUUCAAACUCUUGUUCAAGUUGCUCUCCAAUGACAAGAAUAGCGCACCAGUUGGUGCCGAUCAAUUGCUUCCAAUCAUUAUCUAUGUCCUGAUCAAGUCCAACCUUCCAUUCUUAUUGUCCAACAUCCAGUUCAUUACAUUGUUUAGGGAUCCAAGUUUGAUUGAACCAGAGACAAACUAUUACUUGGUGACACUGAUCACUGGUGCCACAUUCAUACAGAACAUGACAAUGGAUCAGUUGACAAUGUCCAACGACAAGGACAAUGACAAGGUCAAUGAGGUAGAAGUUCAACAAGACAAGAUUGAGGACAAUAAGCCAAAGCAGGAUGUUGAGGUGGAUGUAAAGACAGAUACCGAGCAGCUAGUUCCUCCUGUUGUGGACAGUUCUACAACGAUCACUUCAGAUGUAAAUAGUACCAAUGUAUAUAGUUCAGAAAGAGACAUGGAGAAGGAGAAGGAGAAGGAGAUGGCAUCAUCAAUUAUCGAGCAGCCACCUGAUGUUGGAGUCAACAUCAAACCAGUCACAGUUCAGUCUGAUCGUUUGAAGCAACAACACCAACAUCAACAUGAAGACAAACAGCCCACUCAGUUGUUACCUAUCAAUGGCAGCAACAAUGGCAGCAACAAUGGCACCAUUAAUGGCACUAAUGGUAGUAGCGAUGGAGGCGGCAACAAGGGUACCACUGUUAUCCAACAGCCACAACAGACAGUAGUAUCAACGAUGCCUACCACUCCAAAGAAACAACAACAACCUCCUCAACCUCAACCUCAACAGCAACAACAACAACUACAACAACAACAAACAAAGAGGUCACAGCCGCAGCAACAACAUUGGAAGUUCUACAAGAGUCGGCCUGAAGACCUAUCGAUCAAGGAUGUCCGCCAGCUGAUGGUAGAGUACAAUCAAUUGGUGGAUCAUUGGUAUUCCACUACUGCUGCUGCUCCAACAGUUGCAGGACAGUCGCCACGAUCCAAUAAGUAG